GCAAUCCUCCCCACUCCUCCCUCGCAAUCGCCUAUAUAACCGCAAGGCAGGCGGCUGUUCCGCGAGCGAGGAAAAAGAAAUCGGAAAGGGAAUCCCAGGGAAGGCAGCUGCUGCUAAAGUUGGGGGAGAGCCCCGUACGAUCCGGCUCAUCGUCUCGUCAAACCCCCCGGAUUAAAUUGUUCCAAUAUCAUCACCGCUCUUGAUCCAUUUCAAGUGUUCAGUACAUACAACUGCUUCUAGUUGGUUUCAAGAUGACAAGUAAGAAAAGUAACAGAUCUACAGUCACAUCACGCACUGCUCUGCAUAUGGAAUGGGACAGGAUUUCUUGCCCUAUUUGUAUGGAGCAACCCCACAAUGCUGUUUUACUUAUAUGCAGUUCAUACAAGAAUGGCUGCAGAUGUUACGUUUGUAACACAAGCCAUCGACACUCUAAUUGCCUUGACCGGUUCAGAAAAAUGAAUGGUGAUAGUAAGGUCCUUGCUUCACACUCAACCUAUUCGGUGCUUUCAAACUCCAAUAUCAGAACUGUCCAACCAAGAGCUCACUAUAAUAUCAUUUCCAGACGUUCACGGAGUCCAAGACCUGGAAGACAUGUUGAUAAUGAAGCAUCUCAUCGUUCCAAUGCAAACAAUGGCCAAAAUGCAGAUGGCAUAUCUAGAUCUGAGCCUGAGAUUGUUAACUAUCAAGAAUACGAAAACCCAGCCUUAUCUAUAGGAGAAGGAAGUGUUGUAAUAGGGGGAUGUCAUGAUGCUAUGCAAAGUUCUGCUGAAGUGAAAUGCCCUCUGUGUAGAGGAUCUGUAUCUGGCUGGAUCCCUGCUGGAGAGGUGAGACAGUAUCUGGACAGGAAGUUGAGAACUUGUUCCCAUGAUUCUUGCAAAUUUGUUGGUACCUAUGAGCAGCUGCGUGAACAUGCUAGGAAUGCACACUUUCUUACAAAGCCUGCUCAUGUAGAUCUGUCAAGGAAGAGAACUUGGGAUCGCAUUGAGCGUGAGCAAGAGGUUGGUGAUGUCAUUAGCGCAAUCAGAUCCCAGAUACCUGGGGCAAUAAUAGUUGGUGACUACGUUAUUGAAACUAGAGAUGACAUGUCUCCAGACAUAGACUCUGGCGAUGAAAGUAGUGAAGAGUGGUGGUCAGAUCGAGGUGAUGCUGAAUCACCAGGUAACAGACUUGAUUCCCCAAGUGUUUGGGCAAAUGAUACGCUAGGAUCACCUAGCAUUUGGCCAGAUGAAAGACGUAAUUUGCCAAGGCUUCUGCCACAGAACAACAGAGUUUCACCCAGGCUUUCGUUCAGCAAUAGGCGUAGCUUGCAUUCAGAUUGGCAGGGGAUUCGUCAACCAAGGACGCAGAGUCUACUGCGACCUGGCUUCUCAAAUCGCCACUCUGGACAUCGCAGCAAUUAUCGUGGCUAUCGUCGCACGUUUCUGGAUCGGUCAUAUACCCGAGAUCCAGGGGGGAGCAUAGAUCCAUCGUUGGUGCCAAGCCGGCGGCAGCGGCUGCGGUACACGCACAGAAGCCACUACUGAUGGAAACAGUAGCAGUUCUGCUGUAGAAAUUCAUUGGUGGUUCCACCCAAGCUAUCUUUGUAAAUACGAAUGGCAAAGACUACGUUUUAUUUCUUUAGUUUAUUUAAUCUGUGUAUUAUGUGAAACAAUCUAUCCCAGGUGCAAAAAGUUAUAUUCCUCUUGAAUGUCACUUA